GAGGAAUUCGGCGGCGGCGGCGGCGGCGGCGGCGGGGGCCGCCCUUCCCCCCACCCCCACGCCCCGUCGACCCGCUGGGCGGAAGCUUCCCGGGAGCUCCUCACGCCCGCGCGAUGGCGACGGCCGCGGAGACCGAGGCCUCUUCGACGGACGCGAGCUGGGAGAGCGGCGGCGGCGGCGGCGGCGGCGACGACGGGAUGAAGCCUGCGCUUCCGGAGCUUGAGUCCUCUCCACAAGAUGGCGGCGGCGGCGGCGGCUGCUCCUCCACCUCCUCCACCGCGGAGCUCGGCGGCGGCGGCGGCGGCGGCGGCGGCGGCGGCGGCGGCGCGGGGCCUGAGGAGACGGCGGCAGCCGAAGCCGCCCGGAGCCACAGCCACGAGCAGCCUCAGCACGCCUCCGAGGCGGCCGCGGCCGCUCUCCCCAAAGGCGCCGAAGAGCCCGAAAGGCCUGUUAGGCGGAGUUUUCAGAUCCCCAGGAAGAGCAGAGAAAAGAAAGCACUUUUCCAGCAAUUAACUCCAGGUUCUAGAGAAUUUGAAGAUGUUUUAAAUAUUCUCCAUUCAUCUUACCUUGAGCCAUCCUCAGUAACAAAUUUUAACUAUAGACGAGCUUGCUUGAUACAUAAUGACCUUUUGGAAAAAGAGUUUACAGAAAAGAGAAGAGAACUGAAGUUUGAUGGUCGUUUGGAUAAGGAACUUUCAGAAUCUUACGCAUUUCUCAUGGUUGAUCGAUACCAGGUUCAAAGCAUAUGUGAAAAAGGAUUGCAGGUGGGCCAGUCCAAAAUAACUAUUCUGGGCAGUCCUUCCAUGGGUAUAUAUCUGUGUAGAUAUGCAGAUCUCUUACAGGCUAAUCCUUUGGAAGCUGGGGCAGUGGGUGAUGUUGUUAUUUUUAAAAUAAUGAAGGGUAAAAUAAAGAGUGUUUAUGAUCCUCUGAGUGUAAAAAGCUUGGAACCUACGUUAAGUAAAAAUGCUUUGGAUCCUACACCAAAGCAUGAAUGUCAUGUGUCUAAAAAUGCCAGUAGAAUUACAUCCCUUUUGGCUUACAGAGCCUAUGAGCUUACUCAGUAUUAUUUUUAUGAGUAUGGCUUUGAUGAACUAAGACGGAGACCGAGACAUGUUUGUCCAUAUGCAGUUGUGUCUUUUACUUACAAAGAUGAUAUACAAACUCCAAAGUUUGUGUCUUCACUGAGAUCUAACAGCUUUAAUGCAGAUAGAAACAUAGAAAAAUUUAACUACACCUUGUGGAAAGGACAACUUUUAAAUAAAGGAAAGCUUCUAUGUUACAUUUCUUUGAGGUCGGCCACUCGUGCCUUUUUGCCUGUCAAGCUUCCUGAGAAGUUAGAUGUUGAAACAGUUAUGAGUAUUGAUUAUUUGAAACAGAAAAUUCCUCCUGCAUUGCUUUAUAAAGACACAUACUUGGGUCCUAAUGAAGUUUUAAAGAAUGGGAUGUACUGUAGCCUUUAUGAAGUUGUCGAAAAGACAAGAAUUGGAAGUAACAUGGAGUGUUUACUGCAAAAACUGGAGAAAGAAAAACUUGUUCUUGUAAAACCUUUAGGAGACCGAGGAUACCUUUUUCUUCUUUCUCCUUACCAGAUGAUUUCUCCUUAUGAACAUCAGACUGUCAAGUCUCGAAUCCUACAUGCUUUGUUUCUGUUUCAAGAACCUAGAUGCCUAAUUAUCACACAGAAAGGUGUAACGAAUCCAGCACCACAGGAGAAACAUGAGAGCAUAUCAGAUAUAUUAAAAAUAACUCAGUUUUUACAGUUUGCUUUAAUUCAGUGUCGAAAAGAAUUCAAAGAUAUAAACACUAUAAAUUUUCAUUCUGUUGUUGAGAAGUACGUAAGUGAAUUUUUUAAGCGAGGUUUUGGUUCAGGUAAGCGGGAAUUUUUCAUGUUUUCAUACGAUUCACGAUUAGAUGAUAAAAAAUUCCUAUACUCGGCACCAAGAAAUAAAUCUCAUAUUGACGACUGCUUACAUACCUACAUUUUUCAGCCAGAAAUGUAUCAGUUACCUAUUUUUAAAUUAAAAGAGUUAUUUGAAGAAAAUCGAAAACGUCAACAAUUUAGUCCACUUUCAGAUUAUGAAGGUCAAGAAGAAGAAAUUAAUGGUUCAAAAAUGAAAUUUGGAAAACGAAAUGGCUCAAGGGGUGAAACUGCUGAACCUGUACAGCAGAAGUCAUCUCAUUCUUUAGAUUAUGAUAAGGAUAGAGUCAAAGAAUUGAUUAAUUUAAUUCAAUGUACAAAAAAAAAUGUGGGUGGGGACCCAGAUACAGAAGAUCCUAGAAGCAAAAGUGUCUUGAAGAGGAAGCUUGAGGAUCUACCUGAAAAUAUGAGAAAGUUCGCCAAAACCAGCAAUUCAUCUGAUAAUUAUCAUCUAUAUGAAGAGUCUCCCCAAUCCAUUGGCUUACUUGGACAUGAUCCUAACUUGAGACUGCAACAAGAAGAGGCAUGUAACACUGGAGACGUCCACAAGCUUUAUAAUUGGUUAUCAGAAGCACUAGCAAAUGCACGACACUCAGAUGCAUUCCUGACAGAUACAGUCAACAAGGCCUUAGGAUUGAGUAGCAGUAGUACCUGUGAAGAGCUAAGACAAAAGUGUGAAUAUGAGUUGAAUCCUGCUUUAGAUAAGAAAGACUGUGAGCAGCAUACUUGUACAAAAAUUGAAAACGUCCAUUUUAAGGGUGCUCAGAGCCCACUGCUAGAAGUUGAUGCAACAUCUGUACAGUACCCUACUCUUCUUUCUACCAGUGAGGAUCCACAUUUAAUUAAUGUCAAUAAUUUUGAAGAGUGCAGUCUCUGUCCCACUGUUUCCAUUGAGCAUGGAUUCCGUACGCAGCAUUCUAAGUCAAAUGAUGAAGAAGAGACAGAGAUACAUUGGAAAUUGAUUCCAAUUACAGGAGGGAAUGCAAGAAGCCCAGAAGACCAGCAUGGGAAACAUGGUGAGAAACAAACACCAGGAAUGAAAUCACCAGGAGAACAACUGGUGUGUCUGCCACCAGCGGAAGCCUUUCCUAAUGACCCUCGGGUAAUAAAUAGAGAAAGAAGUUCCGAUUACCAGUUUCCAUCCUCUCCGUUUACAGACACUGUAAAGGGCACCACUGAGGAGGACCUGUUGACAGGUCAAGUAGUGACAGUGGAAGAGCAGUGUGUGCCAGCAGCAGAGCCUCCUACAGUGAGCGAAACCACAGAGAACACAGUGUUAGGAGAGUUCCAUCUCUUUUCUAGAAAAAUAGAAGAGAUUCUGAAGCAAAAGAAUGUUUCAUAUGUUAGUACAAUUUCCACACCUAUUUUUUCAGCACAAGAGAAGAUGAAUCGCCUUUCUGAGUUCAUAUAUUCUAAGACUUCAAAAGCUGGUGUACAGGAAUUUGUAGAUGGUUUGCACGAAAAACUAAAUACUAUUAUUAUUAAAGCAUCAGCUAAGGGUGGGAAUUUGCCACCAGUAAGUCCUAGCCAUUCCCAUACAACAGCAUUGACUCCUCUGGGAAGGCAUGUUGUAUCCAUUUCCUCAAGUGACUUCAGCAGUAAAGACCUUUUUGAGCCACUGUGUCCUGAACCUUUAAAAGAUAACAGUUCUAAUGAGCAGUAUUCCUCUUCGCUUCAAGUAGAAAUGAACCAGCCACACCACUGCAAGGAGUUCAUGUUGACUUCUGAUCACACUGUACCUGGUGAUACUGCCCUGGAACCAGUAGAAAAAGAAAUAGCAAAAUCACCCAGCGAUAUAAACAUUUCUGCACAACCAGCUCUUUCAAAUUUUAUAAGCCAAUUAGAACCCGAAGUAUUUAAUAGUUUGGUUAAAAUAAUGAAAGAUGUACAGAAAAAUACUGUGAAAUUUUACAUUCAUGAAGAAGAGGAAAGUGUGCUUUGCAAAGAAAUAAAGGAGUAUCUUACCAAAUUAGGCAAUACAGAAUGUCACCCAGAUCAGUUUUUGGAAAGAAGAUCAACCUUAGAUAAACUAUUGAUUAUUAUUCAAAAUGAAGACAUUGCAGAUUUCAUUCACAAGGUACCUGGCUUGGUGACUUUAAAGACGCUCCCAUGUGUUAGUUUUGCUGGUGUUGAUAGCCUGGAUGAUGUUAAAAAUCAUACAUACAAUGAGUUAUUUGUGUCUGGUGGCUUUAUUGUGUCUGAUGAAUCAAUUCUAAAUCCAGAGGUUGUCACAAUUGAGAGCCUGAAAAAUUUUUUGACAUUCCUUGAAGAACUUAGUACUCCAGAAGGGAAAUGGCAAUGGAAAAUCCACUGUAAAUUCCAGAAGAAACUGAAGGAACUGGGCAGAUUGAAUACUAAAGCUCUGAGUCUGCUGUCUCUUCUAAAUGUAUAUCAGAAGAAACAUCUGGUUGAGAUUUUGUCGUAUCACAAUUGUGAUUCACAAACUCGAAAUGCUCCAGAAAUGGACUGCCUUAUCAGGCUUCAGGCUCAGAACAUACAGCAGCGACACAUAGUCUUUCUAACAGAGAAGACUAUCAAGAUGGUUUCCAGUUAUACAGAUAAUGGAAUUGUAGUUGCAACUACUGAAGACUUUAUGCAAAACUUUAAAAGUCUUGUGGGAUAUCAUAACUCAGUCACAGAAGAAAGUCUUCCGCUGCUUGGUGCUAUUGAGAAUCUUGAGUCACAGUCAGGUAAACAUAGAUCUCACCUCUCAUCAAAGAAGCUUCUUUUUGCAGCAGCAGUAGCAAAUCAUUACAGACAGACAUGACUUGUCAAAGGCCCAAAUGAUAAACGCUACAACACAACACCUACAUCUAAGGCUCAGAGAACAUCCCAGAAGAGGUGGUGGAAAGAUUUUUUAGAGCCAGAGGAGUAGAAAGUCUGCUUAAGUGUGUCCUCUAGCUAUGACAGGGAAGCGACACAACAUGGCUGCCUAAAGAAGACGUGAACAAUUCCAACAACAGCUGGCAUCCCAGUGAAGAUGGGGAAAUCUCUAGGCCCCACCCAUAGAUGAAGACCUACAAGCUGAAAGGGGAGAAUGAGUCUUCCCCAAGGAUGAGGCCCCUGGUUAUUCAAUACCAAGAGGUCAGUCCUAGAAACUUGUGCGUGCAAGCAAUGCUGAACUGACUCAGCGGGCUGUAUUUAUAUGUUUAUAUGUCUGCACAUAUGUGUAUUUAUAUGUUUAUGUGUUUGUAUGUAUGUGUAUUUAUGUUUAUGUGUUUGUAUAUAUGUGUAUUUAUGUUUGUGUUUGUAUGUAGGUGUAUUUAUAUGUUUAUGUGUUUGUAUGUAUGUGUAUUUAUAUGUUUAUGUGUUUGUAUGUAUGUGUAUUUAUGUUUAUGUGUUUGUAUGUAUGUGUAUUUAUAUGUUUAUGUAUUUGUAUGUAUGUGUAUUUAUGUUUAUGUGUUUAUAUGUAUGUGUAUUUAUAUGUUUAUGUGUUUAUAUGUAUGUGUAUUUAUGUUUAUGUGUUUGUAUGUAUGUGUAUUUAUAUGUUUAUGUGUCUGUACGGAUGUGUAAUGCCAAUGGCUAAAGAGAAAGCGGUGGACUUGGUAGGGGAGCAGGACAGAAGGGGGAAAUAAUGUAAUUUUGUUUUAAUUAAAUUUUUAAAAAUUAUUUUCAAUUUAUAGUUACUUAAAACCCCUCUGAAAGCAUGACUCAUAAAAGUCUAGCAUACAGUUCAAAGUCCUAGUUUUGCAUGUUUAUUUACCAUGCUUAGAGUUGGAGCUGCUCAGAAUCUUUUGCCAAAUUAAAAUAAAUAAAUAAAUAAAUAAAUAAAUAAAUAUAUGUAUGAUAUGUCCUUUAUCCAGAUAGGUAAUUUAAGAGUGAAAUUUUUUAUCAAGUCAUCACAUGUUUCCUGUGUGUGGGUGUGGGAUACAGACGGCAGAGGUCACCCAGAAGUGUUAUUUAUUCCUCAGAAGCCAUCCGCCUUGCUUUUGUACACAGGGUUUUCUCACUGGGGCCUAAGGCAGGUUAGGCUGGUGGCCACCAAGCCCAGGCAGGGAUCUGCUUGUCUCCAUGCUGUAGGAUGUUCUGUAUGGCAAAUAUGUUGCUGAUUAGUCAAUAAAUAAAACACUGAUUGGCCAGUGGUCAGGCAGGAAGUGUAGGCGGGACAAGGAGGAGAAUAAAGCUGGGAAGUGAAAGGCUGAGUCAGAGAGACACUGCCAGCCGCCAUGAUGACAAACAGCAUGUGAAGAUGCCGGUAAGCCACGAGCCACGUGGCAAGGUAUAGAUUUAUAGAAAUGGAUUAAUUUAAGCUGUAAGAACAGUUAGCAAGAAGCCUGCCAUGGCCAUACAGUUUGUAACCAAUAUAAGUCUCUGCAUUUACUUGGUCAGGUUUGAGCGGCUGUGGGACUGGCAGGUGAGAGAGAUUUGUCUUGACUGUGGGCCAGGCAGGAAAACUCAAGCUACAAAUGGCGUCCAACGUGGGGCAAGAGUUUCCACCUAAAAACUGAGAAAAAAGAUUUUAAAAUGGAGCUAAAAACAGCUUCCUAAUUGUCUCUCUCAAAUGAGCAGCACCUGUCGGUUUAAACUACUGGUGGGUUCCUAGCGUGUGCGCUCGAUCUGCAGUAUGGCAGGAAUGAGGCCUCUGCAAGUGGCACAUUAAGCUGCGUGGUGGAUUUAGCCUUUAUUAGUACAAAACAAAAAAAAGAGGUUUCUGGGCUACAUGCUGCUUGGAUAAAAGCAUAGACCCACGAUAGCUCCCAGAGCUGGAGGUAAACGUUGGGAAGCUGAGGUGGGCGGAGCCAGCAGCCACAGCUGCUGCAGUUUAAAGCAAUAGAUUCACAAUAAGACAGAUUCAGAUGUAAUAGUUUACAAUGUGUGUAAAAUAUACGUAGGCUUGAAAGAGACAAAAAAGGUGAUAUAUACAGUUAUAUAAACAAAUACAUAGUUUUAAAAAAUAAAGUCUUUAAAGAGACAGUAAAAUUAAUAUAAAAAAUAAGCCACGUGAAGAUGAAUAUUACACAGAGAAUCUGGAUUGUGUUGUCUUUGGGAUUCUUAACUGCAGAGAGAUAUUUGAUUGUAAAGGAAGCUGAGUUAAACCAAUAUGUAUAUUUUAAAGAUAUCUUGACUUCAAAAUUUGGAUGUAAAGAUAUGUUACUUUGGAAAGGAGACUCUGCUUUUGUUCCCACAGAAAGCCAGAGGCUAUGGAUUUGUUCCAGAUUAAGAUACAUCAGGUUUGACCAGCCAAGACCCCCUGAAGGUCUCCGAUGACACCAUGGCCCAAAUGAUCCAACAUCCAGAAUGGUUUGAAGGCAACUGGCUCAGACGAUACACCCUCAUGGACUAUUCCAUAAUCCUAAAAUUUUCUUUGCGUCCCCAUAAGAUACAGCGCCCCCCUCCAGCAGGAAGUAGUAAGAGAAGCUACGCCCAAAUUCCCAAAUUAUAUGUAAUUUUACUUUGUUAAGGUUAAAACCUUUUUUUGAAAAAAAAAGGGGGAAAUGCUGUAGGAUGUUCUGUAUGGCAAAUAUGUUGCUGAUUAGUCAAUAAAUAAAACACUGAUUGGCCAGUGGUCAGGCAGGAAGUGUAGGCGGGACAAGGAGGAGAAUAAAGCUGGGAAGUGAAAGGCUGAGUCAGAGAGACACUGCCAGCCGCCAUGAUGACAAACAGCAUGUGAAGAUGCCGGUAAGCCACGAGCCACGUGGCAAGGUAUAGAUUUAUAGAAAUGGAUUAAUUUAAGCUGUAAGAACAGUUAGCAAGAAGCCUGCCAUGGCCAUACAGUUUGUAACCAAUAUAAGUCUCUGCAUUUACUUGGUCAGGUUUGAGCGGCUGUGGGACUGGCAGGUGAGAGAGAUUUGUCUUGACUGUGGGCCAGGCAGGAAAACUCAAGCUACAUCUCCACGUCCGUAGUACUGGAUCACAAGCCUGCACCCCCACUCAGGCCCUCCUGACCCUCGGUUUCCCCAGCCCCACCAUUCUGCUUUUGUAGAUCAUCUUUUUAAUAAAUAUUAAUCUUAACCUGGCCUUUUUGUUGUUGUUGUUGUUGCUGUUGUUUUAGAGACAGGGUUUCUCUGUGUAGCCUUAGCUGUCCUGGAAUUCACUCUGUAAACCAGGCUGGCCUCGAACUCACAGAGAUCCACCUGCCUCUGCCUCCCGAGUGCUGGGAUUAAAGGCAUGAGCCACCACCACCCAGCUUAAUCUAGCCUUUUUGGUUAAGUUUAUUUCUAUGAGUAGCAUUGGUUUGUGAAUAUUAAUGCCAAUUUGCAUUCUUUGAAUAAACCCAACUCCCCAGAUUAUUUUUUGUAAUUUUUCUAAGGUUUCUAGUCAAGUUUUAAUAUCAGAAGUGUUUUGUUAGUCUUGGUUAUCAGGAUCACUAGUCUGAACACCACACUGAAAACCUUCCUAUUGUAAAUACUUCUGGGCCUGGAGUUUACCUCGCUCAGGUCCCCCUCUUUUCCUUCUCCAUCUUUAGUUUGAGAUAAGAUCACAUUACAUAGUAGCCCAGGCUAGCUUCAAACUUAUGACCCUCCAGCCCAAGCUUCCUGAAGUAUAGACACUUGUAAUGAUGGAAUCAAUUUCUUUAGAAAUACAGUACAGCUUGAUCACUGCUGCUUUGGCCAUUUUUUUUUCUCUCAAAAUUCUGUAAUAUGCUGGCAUAAGGUUUUAAGAUGUUUAUUAUUUUUUAAUUUCAUGUAUGUGUAGGUAUGUGCAUGGGUGCAGAUUCCCAUAGAGUCUAAAGCAGAGUGUCAGAUGCCCUGGAGCUGGAGUGACAGGCAUGGUUAGCUACCCAGGAUGGGUGCUGAGAACUGAACUCAGUCCUCUUUAAGAGCAGUGUGUACUCUUGACCACUGCACCAGUUAUUCUUAAUGUCCUCUUACUUUUUCUAAAUGUUCAUAGACUACAGCCUUUUUAACUCAUGCUAGUCUUUUGAGAAGCUUACAUGUUGUGCUGGAUAGUGCUGUGUCCACAUGGCAACACAAGAUAGAGUUAUCUGAAAGGAGGAACCUCAAUUGAGAAAAUGCCCCCGUAAGAUCUAGCUGUAGGCAUUUUCUCAAUUAGUGACUGAUGGGCAGGGCCCAUCCAUGGUGUGUGGUGCUGUUCCUAGGCUGGUGUCCUGGGUUCUGUAAGAAAGCAGGCUGAGCAAGACAUGAGAAACAAGCAAGUAAGCAGCACCCCUCCAUGGCCUCUGCAUCAGCUCCUGCCUCCAGGUUCCUGCCCUGUUUGAGUUCCUGUUCUGGGUUCCUUCGGUGAUGAACUACAGUGCAGAAGUGUAAGCCAAAUAAACCCUAUCCUCCCCAACUUGCUUUCUGGCCAUGGUGUUCUGCUGCACUGCAGCAAUAGAGAUCCUAACUGAGUCGUCUAUUAAUGACUUUUUAAUAACUUCUGGCUUUAAUUAUUUCCAGUGUACAAGUUGACCAUCCCAGUGAGAUGGUUCAGCAAGUAAGGACAUUGCCUAACCUGAUGACCCAAGUUUAAUCCUGGGCCCACUGACUCUGGAAUGUUGUCUACUGACCUCCACAUAGGCUGUGGUGUGUGUGUCACACACACACACACACACACACACUUUCUCUCUCUAAACAAAUGUAAAAGAACAGUAUUUUUUAAAACGGUAAAUGUCAAGUUAUAUGUAUUUUACCUCAAAACAUGUGAGGGGGUCGUUUGUUUAGUUUUUAAUUAGGCAAAGUUCAAAUGAACUUUCUGUUGGCAACUACAGAACUAUGGUCUGACAAUGACAAGCAGUAGGAGUAUGGUCUGCCAUGGUAACCAUUCUGUAUUCAAGUGUGUAUUCGAACACACCAUCUUUAUUUCAGAGGCUUCUAGAGUGUGCUAUUCAUGAGAGGAAAGCCAAGAUUUCAAUAGGGGGGUGAUCUCAAAAACCUCAUGCUUAAUUAACUUGGAAGCACAAAAGGCGUUUUGAAGUGCACAGUGUAAAGGAAUGGGCUUCUGUAUCACACAGUUCACUCUUUUUUCCUCAAAAGAGAAUUUCUCCAAGGGCUGAAGAUGUGACUUGCCUAGCAUGUACAAAAAGAAAAAGGCAGCAACAAAACUCGCCCACUAGCGUAUCAGAUUCACAAGGCAUAAGGCCACACUUCGACACUGAAAGGACAGGCAGUUGCUCACACUUCUUUCACUCUUGCUCAGCCAGUUUUGGAGUUUGUGUUUUAGUUUUCAGACUUCCACUACUGAGCCACAGAUAAAAGCCCUUGAUAGUAAGUAUGAGGAGGUCUGGACCCCCGGCACCCAUAUAAAUGCUGGGCAGUUGAGAGGGCUUGUCCAUAAUCCAGGAUGUGAGUUCAAUCCCCAGAACCAGACUCCACUGAACUGGGAGUUCCAAUUCAAGUGAGAAACUCCACCUCAACAUAUAAGGUAGAGAGUGAUCUAGGAAGUUACUCUCUGGCUUCCACAUGUACGUUCACAUGUGUACAUGUAUAACUACAUACUUGAGAAUAUACAUACAUACAGAUAUGCAAGCAAACCACACACACACACAAGCACAAACAAAUGUAAAAGUUGAAAAGUAAAAAAUAUAUACAUAUCUAAUAAUUGGUAAUUUAGAGACUCUGAAUCAUUCCUUUGAGGCAAAUAGGUUAUACAGAAAUCAAGGACUAAGAGGUUUAAACAUCCAAAGUCCCAGUACUUAGAACUCAGCAUCUGAUGACUGACUAGCUCCAAACUAGUGGCCAUCCAGCAGCCUAGACAGCCAUAACCUGUUCAAGGAAGCUGUGGCAGAGUGUCUGAAGAAACAGCAGGAGAGGGAGACAGGGGCAAAGGAGGGGGGGAAGGGAAGCAAACUGUCUUUAUCUGAAAUUAAACACCAAUGAAAAUCAGCAAGGCAACUUAUGAACUGCAAGUGGAAAUUAAGAACACUAGUUUGGGCCAAGAGUAAAUUAAGUACCAUGGCAAACCUAAGAAAAGUACAGUUUUCCAUUCUUAAUUGAUAAACACUACAAAUAAGAUUUCUAGUGCUGGGCAUGAUGGCAAGUGCCUGGAAUCCAGCACAAAGUAGCUGAGGCAGGAGGACUGGCAUAAGUCUGAGGCCAGCCUGGGCUACAUAGCAAAACCCUGCCUGCCUCAAAACAAAAACAAAAACAAAACAAAA